AUGGAUAUGCGAAACGACAUUGCCACUACGCUUGUUGCUGUCGUAUGCGCCACUAUAGGCUCUCUCUACUGGAAAUACGCUGAUCCUGUCGGAGGCAUCCUCGUUUGUGCCAUGAUCGUGGUUUCUUGGUUCCGGUACGCUGCAAGACAUAUACCAACGCUGGUUGGAGUUCGAGCUAAGAAGGAUCAUCUUGCACGAGUCUUGAAAAUCGCUAUCGAACACGAUCCUCAAAUACGGUAUAUCAACCAUGCGAUGGUUUAUCAUACCUCUAUGCAAGCGAUCGUUGAACUGGAUAUCGUCAUGGAUCAAAAUCUUCCCUUAAAGGUAACACGUGGUGUUUCUGAUUCUCUGCGGCGGAACCUCUUGAAGCUCGACUUUGUUGAGAUAGCCUUCGUUUUUUGCGACUGUGAAUGUUCUAGCGACCUGAUUACUGUAUAG